GAUGCUGGCUGUGCCUGAGGACCUGGCAGCUCCCUUUGGCUCCAGCCCACCUGGGAAACCUCCUCACACCUCCCAGAAAAGCAAGAAGGCAAAAGAGCUCUGCAAGGGCUCCCGGGAUCAGAUGAUCAUUGACGCUGGUCAGAAGCAUUUUGGGGCCAUCAUUUGCAAGUCCUGUGGCAUGAUCUACACAGCUGCCAGCCCAGAGGAUGAAGCUCAGCACCUCCAGCACCACGAGAGGUUCCUGGAGGUCCUCAGAUACGUGGGCUGGAAGAAAGAACGAGUUGUGGCAGAGUUCUGGGAUGGGAAAAUUGUCCUGAUUCUUCCAAACGACCCCAAAUAUGCCAUCAAGAAGGUAGAAGAUGUGAGAGAACUGGUGGAUAAGGAGCUGGGCUUCAAGCAGGUGUCCCUGAGCUGCCCAGCCCAGAGCAAGAUCUACCUGUUCGUGGCCAACGAGAAGAUGAUCGUUGGGUGCUUGGUGGCUGAAUCCAUCAAGCAGGCCUGCCGGGUGCUGUCAGAACCAGAAGCUGGACCAGCCCGG